UGACACAGAUCCCCACAGUGCCCAGAACAUGGAACCCACCUCUCUGUGACAUCAGCCCCGGGGCCGAGGGCUCCACGGGCAGCGCGGCUGCUGCGGGCACUGCGGCUGUGGCUGUGCUGCUGCACGGAGCUCUCAGUGCUUGCAGCUGACACGUGCCUCUGGCAGCCAUGAAUUGGCUCGGCCUCCUCGUCCUGCUGACCCUGGCUGGGCUGGCAGAGGGGACAUGGGACAACUGCGGAGGGAGCUGUGGGCUCCGAGCUGUGGUGUCUGACUACGGCCUCAUGGAGUACUACUACGGCGACGUGGCUUAUGACUCUGGCAUGACACGCAUCGUGGGUGGCUCCGGUGCCCUGCCAGGGGCCUGGCCCUGGAUCGUCAGCAUCCAGCACCCCUGGGUACCAGGCCUGGGACAUCUAUGUGGGGGAUCCCUCAUCAGCACACAGUGGGUCCUCACAGCAGCCCACUGCUUCGACAAGUUUGAUAACAUCAGCCUGCUGUCUGUGGUGAUUGGGGCCACCCAGUUGACUCAGCCAGGCCAUGGGGCAAAAGUGCGCAGCGUCAAGAAGGUGCUGAUACAUCCAUACUACAAUCCUGCUGACAUGAGCUACGACAUUGCCCUGAUGCAAUUGGACCAUCCUGUCCAGUGCAGCCCCUACAUCCAGCUGGCCUGUGUGCCCGACAUCACACUGAAAGUGUCAGAGCUGCAGAACUGCUGGAUUGCUGGCUGGGGUGCCACUGCUGCAAGAUCUCAAGAUUCAGCUGAUCAGCUUCAGGAGGCCAAGGUCCAGCUUAUCGAUGUCCAGCUCUGCAACAGCAGUGACUGGUACGCAGGAGAAAUCCACACCCACAACUUGUGUGCUGGAUACCCAGAGGGCAAGAUCGACACCUGCCAGGGUGACAGCGGUGGUCCUCUCAUGUGCCAGGACAACAAUACAGACUCCUGGUGGGUUGUUGGAUUGACCAGCUGGGGAAAAGGCUGUGCCAGAGCAAGGCAGCCUGGAGUCUACAUCUCCACUCAGCACUUCUAUGACUGGAUCCUGGUCCACACAGGCGCAAACACAUUGGGAAAGGGUUCUCCAGCAUCACAAACCUGGAGUAAUUUUGUGACAGCUCAUCUACCAACUCUGAAACCAUGGCCAACACAUCCCCUUCCCACUCAUAUGCCAUGGCCAGCACAACCCAUUCCCACUAUUAAGCCAUGGCCAACACUACUUCCCACUCUUAACCCAUGGCCAACACGACCCCCCAUUCAUAACACAUGGCCAACACCACCUCCCACUCCUAAGCCAUGGCCAACACAACCCCCCACUUAUAAUCCAUUGCCAACACACCCUCCCACUCCUAAGCCAUGGCCAACACGACCCCCCACUUAUAAUACAUUGCCAACACACCCUCCCACUCCUAAGCCAUGGCCAACACGACCCCCCACUUAUAAUACAUUGCCAACACACCCUCCCACUCCUAAGCCAUGGCCAACACGACCCCCCACUUAUAAUACAUUGCCAACACCAAUCCCCUCUCAAAAGCCUUGGCCGACAGCACCCCCCACCCCAGAGCCAACACCAUUGGGUGAGGUUAGCUCCUGCCCAUUUCCAGUCAACAAGCUGGUAGACUUCUUUACUAAGGUGAAGAAGCUCCUUCAUGAUGUCCUUGGACAAAACACAGCUUGAGCAGCAAGACAGGCAGGAUCCAGGGCACAAUGCAGUGCACCGCAACUAUUUCCUGCUGGGGCAAUGCCUGCUGAUCCAAAGGCAGCCUCAGGGUUAAAAUCCUGCUCUGUCCUGACCACACUCCUCUCCUGUGUGCAGAAAAACACUGGAGCUGACUAAGUUGUUGAAAUAAAAUUACCUGUGUUCAAAGUGAA